GCCCCGCUCGCAAGUGGUCUCUGUAGGUGGCGGUGCGCCCGCCUGCCAGCCCUCGGGCCCGACGCGUGCGGGAUCAAAGCGGCCGGGAAGGGGCGGGGAGGGGAGGUGGCAGGAACCUGGAGGUGUGAGCGAGCUUCCCAGGGGAUGGCAGGAGCGUGGGAGCGCAGAGUCCCGGGACGCGACAGAGACUCGGAGAGACGACGAGAGAUACCAGAGACUCUAAAGAGCCAGAGGCGGAGAUGCAGACGCCAAGAGACCGGAGAGACGCGGAGUCAGAGAUGCGAAGACACGAGACCACUGAGACCCAGAGAGACCCAGGGCUGAAGCCUCUGGAGACCUUGAAAGAACGUGAGUGAUACAGAGAUGGAGAAGCUAAGAGGCUCUCAGAGACCCGGAAAGGCGGCGACACAAGAAAGACCCAGACCCACAGACUUAAGAAAAGGAAGCGUACUUCAGAGAGAACGGAAAAUAACAGAGGAAGACAGGUGAGGAAAGAAAACGAGACUCCUGCAUUGGCCGGGAAUCGAACCCGGGCCUCCCGCGUGGCAGGCGAGAAUUCUACCACUGAACCACCAAUGCGUGGCUUGUCGAGUGUGCCACGAUCCAUCUAAAGUUGUAAGAGGUUGAGGAGAACCCGGCUAGGCAACUGCGGAGGAGGCCAGGGAACUGGUCCCGAAUGGUUGACGUGGGUGGAGCGCCAGGUCAUUCUUCCUCCCGUCCAGAUCCGGCCACCGGGCCAUAAAGCUGCCCCAUAUGGCCAGGGGCGGCCCCACACCCGGGUGCGAACAGCCCGGGCCCCCCAGCCUCGCGUGCAGGUGAGAAAAAUUCAGCCCGAGCCCAGGUUCCCAAGGAGGGGGGCGGCGGGGGCUGUUGGGGCCACACAUUUGCGCUCCCAUUUGGCUGAGGGACGGAGAAGUGGGAUGUGCUGGGGCCCCUGGUCCCAAAUGGGAGCCCCCUCAAGGUCUGUGCCUCUCCCAGCUCGAGCUUUGGCAAGAAAGGCUCCGUGACAAAAGCAAGGUGCAGAGGGCCGUUGGGAGGGCUUGGAGGAAACCCCACUGGUCUCUGACUGCACAGCUAUCUUCCGUCUCGGUCUGCAGCCCUGUCUUUCCAUGUCUUUGUCCCUGGCAACUUGGCUGUCCUGUUGAAUUUCUGAUUUAUCUUCUCAGGCACUUUGUCCUGAAGCCCCCGAGUACGGAGGGCCAUGCUCUUGGUUUGAGGUGGGUGUUGAUUCCUUUUUUGUAUCUCUUGCUUUCCCUUUAGUAAAACUGCCUGCUCCCUGCUACCCUUCCGUCACCAGGGACCUCCAGCAGCAAGCAGUGCGGGCACACUUGCGUGAGGUAUCCCAUCAGUCACACUCCUGAAUCUCCUACGACUAGUUUUGAAUCAAAUACUUGUACUGUAAGUGGAUAGACCUCUCUACUCUUAUCUGUGCUUCAAAGACUUGCGUCCUCUGCCUUGAAGUUCCCCCCUCAGUCCAGCCAUUCUCAAGGAGACCUUUUCCCGGAGCACAUACUUCACUGGGCUUCUGUAAUAGCUACUUCAUGUCACAUGGUCUUUUCCACUAGAUCCUGCAGGGAUAAGCUGGGUCUGUCCUGCAUAACUCACUGUGACUCGCCCAAGCCUAGGCUAGUACCCUGUCCGCACAGUGAGAGCGCAGAUGUAUGGGGACUUGAAUGUAACUAACUUAGAACAGAGCGCCUCUCCCACCUCCCGGGAGAGCUUCGGUUGAGUCGGACGGAUUCACCCAGCACACUCGGGUUGCUCCCUGUCUCGACUAGGAAGCGAACUUCGGAGAUGUAUAAACUUCAGCCUGGGGGCCGACAGGUGCUGACUUCUGUUUCAGGGUUAGUGAGGGUACAGUAAGCCUCCAAGAAAGCUACAAUUCUGGAGGAACUCUGAAUAUCAUCCCCAAGCGAGCUCUGCCCCUAAUAGCCUCCUCUCUUCAGCUGGGUCCUGCCUCCUUAUACAGCCUUACGGUCCGUAACCAGCCAGUGCCCCCUUUCGCUUCUCACUUCCCACACUCCCAGGCCAGUUUCUCUCCUUCCCCUCCCCCCUUCACUCCUCCUCUUUCCGGGAGCCUCGUGCCGGGUCCUAGAAGGGCAGAAUCCGGGUGUCGAAGGGGGCGGGGUCGGGUCCUAUCCCUCCUACUCUGGCGCCGCGGAAUAUAAGACUCCAGGCGAGCAGGGACCCGGUCCACACGAGGGUCCGGAGGAGCAAUGGUCACCCGGGAUCGAGCUGAGAACAGGGACGGCCCCAAGGUGAGAUGCGGGAGGGGAUGGAGCAGAAGUCCCUGGUUUGGCCAGGGGACCGGGGCCUUGACGCCAUCGGUCUGGAGAGAGGCUGGGGACGCAGGGCUGGAAGGAGAGCAGUGCUCCAGGACUCCAGGAGCUAGGAGCUGCAGAGAAAGCUGCAAAGUAUGAAGAAGGGGACAGGGGUCAGAGCCAGACCUGAGUGGGCGGCGGAAACAGAGGUCUAGGGGCCUCGGUGAUGGGGAUCAGCAUCUUGUGGCCUGGAGGGCGUGGGAGGGGGCCGGUGUUGGAGUAAAAUAAGCAAGUAGAGGGCAGAGCCAAGGGAGGAGGGUGGGAACGAAAAGAGAAGAGGAUAGGCACUUGCUUUACGCUGGCUAUGAGCCAGGAGGGGCUGGCCCAAGGCGGUCUUGUAGAGAAGGCCCCGGGGCAUUGGUUCCAGAGGCCCCAGACUGAUGGAAGAUUUUAGGAGAACCAGUCGAGAAGGAUGACGGCCUAGACGGUUUUGAGGGAGAAGAGGAGGCACAGUCGCGCUAGAUGCUGAAGCCGCUUGUGGAGAAGCGGCGCCGGGACCGCAUCAACCGCAGCCUGGAAGAGCUGAGGCUGCUGCUGCUGGAGCGGACCCGGGACCAGAACCUCCGGAACCCGAAGCUGGAGAAAGCGGAGAUACUGGAGUUCGCCGUGGGCUACUUGAGGGAGCGAAGCCGGGUGGAGCCCCCGGGGGUUCCCCGGUCCCCAGUCCAGGACGCCGAGGCGCUCGCCAGCUGCUACUUGUCCGGUUUCCGCGAAUGCCUGCUUCGCUUGGCGGCCUUCGCGCACGACGCCAGCCCGGCAGCCCGCGCCCAGCUCUUCUCCGCGCUGCAUGGCUACCUGCGCCCCAAACCGCCCCGGCCCGAGCCGGUAGAUCCGAGGCCUCCAGCGCCUCGCCCAUCCCUGGACCCCGCCGCACCGGCCCUUGGCCCCGCGCUGCACCAGCGCCCCCCAGUGCAUCAGGGCCCCCCUAGCCCGCGCUGCGCAUGGUCCCCAUCCCUCUGCUCCCCCCGCGCCGGGGAUUCUGGCGCGCCGGCGCCCCUCACCGGACUGCUGCCGCCGCCACCACCGCCGCCUCACAGACAAGACGGGGCGCCCAAGGCCCCGCCGCCCCCGCCGCCCGCUUUCUGGAGACCUUGGCCCUGAGCCUUGGGGGUGUGGGGGGGGUGGGGUCUAGGGGUGGAGUAGAGACUCCAGCCCGAGGGCAGCAGAGGGACCCGGGCGUCCGGAAGAGCAGGAGGGCGGCGGGGCGCGCGGGCUCAGCGCGCGAGUGAGAUGUGGUCUAUAUUAGAGUGUCUAUAUAAAUAUAUAUUUCCCUGGUUCCUGUCCCUUUUCCCUGCCCUAACUUCUCCCUUGCGUCUAGGAUUGUACUCUCUCUGCCCCCAGCCCAGUCCUAGUCCCUUCCCGAGUCCCUAGUGCAUGGAAUAAAGUGGUUAUUAAAUCCCCGUGUGUCCCGGAGCCAGGGGCCUGCCUUUAUCUCGACGUCCACGCCCACUUUCCCUUCCCUUCUGUCUCCCACCCUCAGUCCUGCUCUCCAUGGCCCAAGCCCCGGGGCAGACAGGUAAGUAAAGAAGAGAGCAGAGGGGGGACUGAGAUCGAAAUUGAAACCAGGUGGAAAAAGAGAGAGAUAGGGUAGGGGGAGAAGGGAUGGCGGCCUUUGAGCAAAACGGAAAAAAAAGAAAAAUUGAAAUAAAAUCGACUCUGGUGGGAUUCGAACCCACAACCUUU